AUGUUCGGCUUGCUUCGGGGCCGUCCUUACACAGCGAAGGAGAUCCUGGAGAUGCAGGGGGUCCCGAUGUAUUCAGACACUCUAGAUGCAGCAGGUGUGAAGCUCCUGUUCGAUCCUUGCUGCGUAUCUGCAGCUGCGCUCCGCCGCCUGAGCGGAAAUUCUUUUAACCAGGCCUGCAUGACAGCCUUCAUGGCUUUUGUGUACAGUUUCAUCCGUGAGUCUCCGGCAAGUCCGGUGACUGGGUAG